GAAAACCCAGUACAGGAUUUGGCCCAAUACCCUCACUCUUCACUUUUUCUUCUCAUUCUCCCUCUAAGCUCUCACAGUUUCAGCUUUCUCACUAAUGGCUCCUCUCAAAAUUCUCCUAUGUGGUGAUGUACAAGGCCGUCUCAAUCAGCUAUUCAAACGCGUUUCUUCGGUGAACAAGGCAGCUGGUCCAUUUGAUGCUCUUCUUUGCGUGGGCCAGUUUUUCCCUGAUUCAGUUGAGGGGCUUGAGGAAUUCAAUGGCUACAUUGAGGGUCGUUUCAAGAUUCCGAUACCAACCUAUUUCAUUGGCGAUUAUGGUGCGGGGUCCCCAAAAAUAUUAUCAGAAGCGUUGAAGGACCCGAGUAAUAAAGGGUUUAAGAUGGAGGGCUAUAGGGUCUGUGACAAUUUGUAUUGGUUGAAAGGAAGUGGGAAGUUUAGCUUUCAUGGAUUAUCUGUGGCAUACUUAUCUGGUAGGCGAUCUCCAAGUGGAACUCAAUUUGGAACAUACAAUCAAGACGAUGUUGAUGCUUUGCGGGCUUUAGCAGAGGAUCCAGAAACAGUUGACAUAUUUCUUACUAACGAGUGGCCCAGUGGAGUAACGAAUAGAACGACAUCAAAAGUUCCUGGAGAAAUUUCCGAUUCAGCUAGGAAUGAUCCCACUGUGUCGGAAUUAGUAACUGAGAUUAAGCCUCGGUAUCAUGUUGCAGGAACUAUGGGUGUAUACUUUGAUCGUGAACCGUAUGCUAAUGUUGAUGCUCUACACGCAACUCGCUUUUUGGGCUUAUCUCCUGUUGGAAACAAAGAUAAACAGAAAUUUAUUCAUGCAAUAUCUCCCACUCCAGCAUCAACAAUGUCGAAAGCUGAGCUUAGUGCAAAGCCACCAAACACUACUUUAUGUCCAUAUACGAAUGUUGACAAAUCAGCCCCACCUGAGGGAGCAACAAAGAGGCCCACUGAUAGUACUUCUGAGUCACAGUAUUGGAGAUAUGAUGUAUCGAAGAAAAGGCAGAAACAUGGUGAUGGUGGUGAUGACAGACUCUGCUUUAAAUUUGUCUCUUCUGGCUCUUGUCCAAGAGGAAACAAGUGCCAAUUUAGGCAUGAUGAAGAAGCUUCGGAACAAUACUCAAGAGGUGUGUGUUUUGACUUUCUCAACAAGGGAAAAUGUAAAAAAGGUCCUGAUUGCAACUUCAAGCACAGUUUGCAGGAAGAAGGUGACAGAUCAGCACCUAGGGCAGCAAGCUCUAACAGGUCAAGGGAAUGUUGGUUUUGUUUGUCAAGCCCGAAUGUGGAGUCACAUCUCAUCACUAGUGUUGGAGAAAAUUACUACUGUGCACUUGCUAAAGGACCUUUACUACCAGAUCAUGUGCUGAUUUUGCCCAUUGAACACACACCCAAUACGUUAUCUCUUCCGCUGGAAUGUGAAAAGGAAUUGGACCAACUUCAAAGCGGCCUCAAAGCUUACUUCAAAAAGCAAGGGAAGGAAACAGUUUUCUUUGAGUGGGUAAAUAAACGAGGAACUCAUGCCAAUCUUCAGGUUGUUCCUAUUCCCUCGUCCAGGGCAUCUGUGGUUCGAGAUAUUUUUAACAUGGCUGCUGAAAAAUUGGGAUUCAAGUUUACUAUGGUUAAAGAAGGAAGACCAGCCUUGCGGACACAGUUUGACAGAAAUUGCGGCUUAUUUUAUGUUGAAGUUCCUGGAGGCGAUAUCUUGUUACAUGUUGUCGAGGAGAAUGAAAACUUCCCAGCUCAAUUUGGUCGCGAGGUUUUAGCAGGCUUGUUGAAUGUAGCAGAUAAAGCUGAUUGGAGAAACUGUAAGUUAGGUAAGGAAGACGAAACUAAAAUGGCCGAGAGAUUCAAGAACGCAUUUCAAGAAUACGAUCCAAAUCAAUAGGAUAGCCGGGAAAGAUGUAACACUCGAGCUCUUUCACUUGUGUCCAUGUUCUGCGACUUGAGGUUCUCUUUGCUCCUGUGCUUCGAUCUUAACUUCAAGUAUCUGCAACUCUUUAAGCUCGUGUGUUGGUGUUACGCUUGAUCAGUCGCUACAUGACUAUCUGGAAAACGUUGUUGCUACGCGACAGGAUGCUGUUGUAACCGGAGAGUAAUCGAUGUAUAUUUGAGCAACACAACAACAUUAGUGCAAUUUUCGUGUAUGUAACUCACCCUGUCAGUUAGGUUAUUGAAGUAGUUGUUCAUGUAUGAGCUUGUGAGUUUUGUUUCAAACUAUUCGAGAUAUAAUACACAAUCAUAUUUUAUUUUUUUAAUUUGGUCAAAACUCAAAACUGAAAAUGCAAUUAUAAUUUUAUAUUUGGAUCCUUGAUGAA